AUCACAUCGCUCAACCCAAGUCUCGUUACGAAGUACCGUCUGCUAUCGCGUGAACUCCGUCUCAGGCCCGCUGCCAUCGCGAAGAAUUAUUUUUUUAUAGAAGACUGAAGCCACGUGUCCAUGAUGAGCUACGAUGAAAAGCCUGAAGAUAUUACGAAGGAGGAAUGGAUGGAAAAACUUAACAAUGUGCAUAUUCAGAGAGCAGAUAUGAACCGCCUCAUCAUGAACUAUUUAGUAACAGAGGGGUUUAAGGAGGCUGCAGAGAAGUUCCGGAUGGAGUCAGGCAUUGAGCCCAGCGUGGAUCUGGACUCACUGGAUGAAAGGAUUAAAAUCAGGGAGAUGAUUUUGAAAGGGCAGAUUCAGGAGGCCAUCUCCCUCAUCAACAGCCUUCAUCCAGAGCUUCUGGACACUAACCGAUACCUGUACUUCCACCUUCAGCAGCAGCAUUUGAUCGAGUUGAUUCGUCUGCGGGAAACGGAGGCUGCGCUUGAGUUCGCACAGUCACAGCUGGCUGAACAGGGUGAGGAGAGCAGGGAGUGUCUGACUGAGAUGGAGAGAACUUUGGCCCUUCUCGCUUUUGACAACCCUGAAGAGUCACCCUUCGGAGACCUCCUCAACAUGAUGCAGCGGCAGAAGGUUUGGAGUGAGGUGAACCAGGCAGUGCUGGACUAUGAGAACAGGGAAUCAACACCAAAGCUAGCAAAGCUGCUGAAGCUCUUGUUAUGGGCACAGAAUGAACUGGACCAGAAAAAAGUCAAAUAUCCCAAAAUGACAGACCUUAGCAAGGGCACAAUCGAGGACCCCAAGUAGAAACUGAUACACAUGGACACCUAUGCUUCCCCUCCCCCUUUUAUUUAUAAGCAGUCACUGACUGGACUGUAUAUGUAAAUCAUAUAUAUGAAUAUGAAUACGUCUUUUUUUGAUGCUCAUACAAAAGAAGUAACUUAAACAACUGUAUAAGGUAUUUUUGAGAGCAGAUAUGGUAAUCAAAAAAGUAAAUAUAAUCAGCUUUCUGAAAAAUGACAUUUGCCAUCCACCCAUUUGCAGAUUGCAAAUAAUUCUGUAGUAUUGGUCUGUUUAUUUGUAAAUAUCCAAGUCAUUUUUAUUUUAGAUACUGGCAUUUUAGCUUCUGUUUGGUCACUUUUUAUUUUUGUUUUUGUGUUCAUUCAGUGCAGUUUUUUAUGCCUAAAUUAGGCCACAAGUUAGACGGGUAAAAUCAGUUAAUGGUUUUAAGGAAAGUGUUAAGCUUUAAAAUGUGUUUUUCUAUAUAAACAUUUCCAGGAUUGUGAAGCUAGCUUUGGUAACGUUUGGUUGGUUUGGUCCGCUCUGGAAAAUGACACUGAAUUUGUCUGGGUUUUAUGGCCGAUUUGUUUUGCGUUGUUGAAUGGAACGAGAUUGACUGGUUUGUCCUCUCACCCAUAUUUGAUAAACCUGUGCUCAUGCUGUGCCUUGUGUAGGCUAGGGUGUGCUUUUUGCAUUACGGUGUGUGUGAAGAAUUCUAGCCUUGUGUUUCCACUCGGAACGGAAACAGACCUACUCGUAUGGGGAGCAGAAGAUUAUGAAUAUUUGAAGUGGGUGAAUGGGUGUUUUGGAUGCUUUUUUUUUUUUUUAAAGACUUCACAACAUAAGCUAUUUUUACUUUAAACGCACAUAUUUAUAUUGUCGUUGCAGUCACUACGAAGCCACCAUGCCUUGUAAAACUAGGCUGUAUCCCCUCUUGUCCUUAUUUUACAUUUAUUCUUGCUGCUGAAGUUCGUAGUUAAUUCAUACUAGACAUUGUUGUCAUCUUUAGUAUUAUUUAUUCAUCAAGAACACAUUUCCCAGCCACUCCUGUUUUUAAAGUCCGAUUUACAGGUACAAUAAAACUUUUCUUUUGAAA